AUGUCGAACACAGCGAUACAAAUAAAAGCCAAGCCGCACGAGAAACGGAAUGGCGAAUCGGCUCUGAGCGACUUUGCGCAGUAUGUCGAGCAACAACAGAACCUCCGAUUCCCAGGCUCAAGCCAAAGAGGCAUCGUCGACAUCGUCAGGGGCGCCAAGGCCGACAACGAACAUCACGAGGAGCUGGAUGACUUGUUCGAAAAUCUGGACCUCGCCGAUACGGCCCCGAGGAUACCACUCAAGAAUAUCGUCUUGGCGUCGGAUGAUGACUCCCUCCGACAACUCGUCGACGUCCUCGCGGCGAGAGUCGAGGAUGGGAUGGGCGAGGCCAUCUUUGAACUUGGAUUCGAGAGCAACGGCGAAUCCAUGAACCUUUCCAUAGACCAGUGGAGAACAGCGUACAGGCGACUUGAAGAGGCGGCAAAAAGCAUCCACGCCGACUGCGAGCUCCUGCUCACCAGGAACGUCGGUGGUUCGGUCGAGGCGGCGACGACGGCCAAAAAAGCUAGCAGAGAUGCCGCGUGCAGCGGCAGCGUUCUUAUCCGAAGAGCUCCAUCCGCUGCGGAUUAUGCAAUCGAGACGAGGAUAGCAGUCGUUGGAAACGUGGAUGCAGGGAAAAGUUCCAUGUUGGGUGUGCUGGUCAAGGGAGACCUGGAUGACGGCCGAGGAAAGGCACGCGUCAACCUGUUCCGCCACAAGCACGAGGUCGAGACUGGCCGGACCAGCUCGGUCGGGAUGGAGAUUUUGGGGUUUGACAGCAAGGGGCAUGUCGUCGCAUCAGACACUCCUGGACGAAAGCUUUCGUGGGAAGAGAUUGGAAAGCGCAGCGCAAAGGUCAUUGCUUUCAGCGAUUUGGCCGGCCACGAAAAAUACCUUCGAACAACCGUCUUCGGUCUCCUCUCCAGCAGCCCCAAUUACUGUCUUCUCAUGGUUGCCGCGAACAAUGGGCUCGUAGGCAUGAGUAAGGAGCAUUUGGGGAUCGCCCUCGCUCUCAACGUUCCCGUCAUGGUUGUCAUCACCAAGAUUGACAUUUGCCCGCCCAAUAUCCUGGCCGAGACGAUUACGCAAAUCACCAAAAUUCUGAAGAGCCCAGGAGCGCGCAAGGUGCCGACGUUCAUCAGGAACCGCGAAGAGUGCAUAACAACCGCGAUCCAGUUCGUCAGCCACAGGAUAUGCCCCAUAUUCCAGGUUUCCAAUGUCACGGGUGAGAAUCUCGACCUUGUGAGGACGUUUCUCAAUAUUCUCCCUCAUCACGGCCGCUACUGCUCCGUCUCCCCGCUCGAGUUCCAUAUCAACGACACAUUCUCGGUGCCCUUUGUGGGAACAGUCGUCUCGGGAAUUGUCAAAACCGGCGUCGCGCACGAAGGAGAUUCUGUCCUGGUUGGGCCUGACUCUUUGGGCCACUUCACCCAAACGACGAUUCGAUCCAUCGAGCGCAAGAGGACACGCGUGAUGGCGGCGUCGGCGGGGCAGUCGGCUUCGUUUGCGCUGAAGAAAUUGAAACGGAAAGACGUGAGAAAGGGCAUGGUGGUUCUCCCCAAGAUCGAGGGCCAGCCGAAUCCCCAAGUUCAGCGCGAGUUUAUAGCCGAGGUCCUCAUCCUCUCGCACGCAACAACCAUCAAGAAAAAGUACCAAGCGAUGCUGCACGUCGGCCCAGUGUCGCAGACGUGCGCCAUCAUAGACAUUGACCGAGAGCACAUCCGCACCGGCGACCGAGCCACUGUCGCCUUUCGAUUCGUCCAGCGCCCCGAGUUCCUCGUCCCCGGGGACCGUCUGCUCUUCCGAGAGGGCCGCACCAAAGGCCUCGGGAUCGUCAAGGCAGUUGGAUACGACCCUCAACAUCCACUGAUGCCCAGCACAACAGCAAGUUAA